AUGUCGUACGAAAUCGAGAACAGUUCGUCGGAACGAAGCCUGGAGCGUUUGAGCGAGGUUAGGACUUUCAUCGAAGCGAGCAAGCGGAGUGUUGACAAGGUCGAUGAGAUGCAAGCUGAGGCUGAGAGGAACCUGGAGAAAUUGAACGAGGUCGUAUUCGAAGACGCCUUUGAGAUAACUGGUCACGGCAAGUUUAAUUAUCUGGUGCUCCUGACUUGUGGAUUGAUCAUGUUGAACGUCUCGAUGGAGUCCGUGGGCAUGAGCUACGUGAUCACCGCCGCGGAGUGUGACCUGGGGCUGACCAGCGAACAUAAAGGACUCGUAAAUGCUGCUGCUUUUAUAGGUAUAAUUAGUACGUCGUUCCUAUGGGGUUACCUCGGAGACAGAUACGGUCGCAGAGCGGUGAUGUUGCCAGCUAUGGUGUUGUCGGCUGUAUUCUCCAUCGCGUCAUCUUUCUCCACUAAUGUAUGGAUGCUUUUGAUAUUGAGAUUCUUCACUGGCUGUCUAGUAUCAGCGUCAAGUGCUACAGUGUACGCGUAUCUCGGUGAGAUGCACACGAGUUCCCGCCGAGCAGCCGCCAUCGCGUGGUCAUCUGCGUUCAUCUCCUUCUCCUUCAUGAUCUUACCAGGUUUGGCCUGGCUGAUAAUACCGGGGAAGUGGUCGUUCCUGAUGGGUGGGUUCAAGAUGGUGCCCUGGCGAAUUUUUAUCUGGUCGUGGUGUGCGCCAGGGCUGGUGGCGGCACUGGCAUUAUUGUGGCUACCUGAGAGUCCUAGGUUCAUCCUAGCCACGUCCGGACCAGACAAAGCCUUACCAGUUCUGGCAAGAAUGUACGCGUGUAAUAAGAAUAGCAGAGAAUCAAAUUUUCCGGUCGAGAAGAUAGUAACAGGCACGUUAGAUACGACGAAGUCUGGUGGGUUCGUGGGCGCCAUCAAGAACUUCUCUCUCCUCUUCCGGCCUCCCCUCCUGCGAUGUGUGUUCAUCUCACACACAUUAAUGUUCGCUGUGUUUAUGCUAUCGAGCGGACUGUAUGUGUGGGUACCGGACAUCCUGAACAGUAUGCUCCGCAGCACAAGUGAAGAGAGCAUCACCAUCUGUCAAAUUAUACACGAGAAGUUCCAGGCCGCUAAGAAUUCAACUUUAAAUGCAUCCAAACAAACAUGCCAAUCGGAGGUGGCAGUACAAGUGUUUCCGAUAUCGAUGGGCAUGGGCGCAGUAUUCGCGGUCACUUACUUGGCGAUUGGCGUUUUCAUUGGCAGGGUUGGCAGAAAAACUCUCUACUCUACUAUAAUGGUGGUUUGCGGUCUCGCAACGGUGGGAGCAGCAUUUGUCCCUCAAGGGGGGGCAGCUACUGCUCUGCUCAUCAUUUCUCUGUGCUCCGGGUGCGCUGCCUCCAUACUGCCUGCGAUUGCCGUUGAUGUCUUCCCUACUUGUUUGAGAGCAAUGGCCAUGUGCGUUAUGUACAUGGUUGGCCGAACGGGAGCCGCAGUUGGUUCCAACUUGUUGGGCGCAACAUUGGACAUGCAUUGCCAACUCGCCUUUUCAGUUUUCGGAAUUUUUUCGGCCGGUUCUACACUUCUAAUAGUUUUUUGGCCGAAACCGGAAAAAAUAAGAGAAGAAAUGGAAGAAAGAGGCUUGUCGUACUGAUCAAAAUUAACUAAUAGUAUCUCAGAACUACCUAUACACGUUAGAUUCCUAAAACUUAUCUCUAAUGAGACUGAUUAAUAUUACAUAAAAGUAAUUGUGAAUUUAUAUUUUGUUAAAUCCUAGUGAAAUAAAAAAUAAUGAUUA